GAGGACUCCAACACAAGUUUCACAAUCAAAACUAAACUUGACGAGAAUCGCUUGCUCCGGCAUCCUUCAAAUGACGCGUUUUCAACAGCUUGCUUUCGAAUUAUGGUUCCGCGUGCAUCCGGAUGUGUAAAAUGAGAGAACGACAGAGCCUAUGCAUCCGAUUUUUAUCACUAUUGACGCAAUACAUUUCUCGUACAACAAUUAUAUAUCAGGUCCUCACGAUUUCAGUAAUUUUGCUUCUCGCCAUUCGAGCUGGUGGUCCCAACUAGCAUCAUGACAUCAUAUCCAACAUUCCUCACGAACACCAAACUUGACCCUUCGUUCGACGACGAUAUCCGAGAUACGCAUCUGGUGUAUGACUACGAUGCAGAAAACCCUGAGACAGGAGCACCGGAGAAGUGGCGUUACGAAUUAUGGUGUUUCUCUGAGGAUCGCUGCGUGUACGCCAUACACGGAGGUCCAAUGGCAGGGCGUAUCAACUAUCAGACUUGUACUUGGCAAUGUAUUCGUCCCAAGGAGCUAUGGCAAUGCAACUGGUUAGAAGAAACUGGGACGGUGGUAUCUCUUGUGUACGACAUCAAGCAACAGACCAUCACAACGCUGAUCAGCUUCUCGAAGGGCCACUGGGAAUAUCCGAAGGAGGCGCAUGGUGACAAGAGAAAUUCCGAAGACUUUGCGCGUUGGAGGAAACUUGCUGAGGUCGGCAAGCAAUCAGAUCGAUUCAUGCUAUCUGAGCAAGCGAGCAUUGCUGAGAAUUUCAAGGGGAAGGGCGCAUUGAUUCCCAUUAAGGCAGAUGCUAAAACUUUCUGACGGCACAGUGCCAUCAUUAAUGGAGCGGAAUCUUGCAGGCCAGUUGGUGCAAACUAGAAAUAAUCGAAUACAAGCAUGACGACCACCCCAUACUUGGUUCAAAGUGCGUCGAAACGUACUCUAGUAAUAACAAUGUAUACUCG